GGCUGGGGCAAGGGAUUGGAGCACUAAGAGAGGCUCAGGGGUGAAGGCUCUGGGCGGCACUUACUUUAAGUGGCUCCUAGAAGCAGUGCUAUGUCCCUUCUCCAGCUCCUAUGCAGAGGCACAGCCAGGUGGUUCUGCACGCUGCCCUGUCCACAGGCACUUCCCCUACAGCUCCCGUUGGCUGCGGUUCCCAGCGUGCAGAGCGGAGCCCCCUAGCUGCUCCUACACGUGGGAGCCAUGCCGCUGCUUCUAGGAGCUGCGUGAAGUGACCCUCAACCUUGCUCCCCUGCUGGAGCACCAGAGUGGGGUAAACCCCUGACCCCGCUCCCCAGCGGGAGCUUGACGGCUGGAUUAAAACAGCUGGCAGGCCAGAUCCGGCAUGCAGGCCAUAGUUUGCCCAUCCCUUAUCUCGAUGCUCUGACUUGCAUUUGGCGGUAUAAGAAUAGUCACUACCUGUAUAAGGUUCUGAAAUAGAUAUGGUAUAAACAUGUUACUGUCAACACAUGAAACAAAAAAACGCAUCGAAAAAUGGUUAUGCUAUCAUGCUUUCUUUUGGUACAAGAGAGUCUGUUUGUUACCUUCAGUGACUAACCCAUUGACCAGGGCAAAAAGAGCUUCCCCACUUUGACCUACCAAUGCACAAUUUUGACCUGUGAUAAUCACCUCUAAAGAGGAUACUGUCCUCGUUUCCACUUAGCUUUCCUUCCCUCAAUACAUGACACACACUACAGGCAAACAAACCAAAACAGCCUAUUAAAAUAAUCAUGUUAGUUCUACAGGCUGGGAAGGAAGAAAGACUAUUGUUUCUAAAUGCUAGGGAAUAUACAACUCUGAUAGCAGUUCCCCUUCCCUAUGUAACUUUCUGUUCAACAGUGUAAAUCUUGGGAAUAUGCAGACAUUAAUAUUGAACACAUUCUGUAUAGCAAAGUAAUCCUUCUUGGAAUGUGUAAGGUAUGUACAUAAGUUCAAAGAAGGAAAUAUGUUGUAUUCAGAAAUAUGGAAUAACACAUUCUGGAUUGAGCAAUUUAAUUUCCUUGCUUCCAGAUAUCUUUCUUCCUUGAAACCUCAGAGCAUGAGAGGAGUGAUGCCUAAUUAUCACACAUAGAAUUCAUGCAUACAGUGAGAGGCUCAUUCGCAAGAUGACUAUCUCAUAUUUAAAGAAAGGGGGAAAGUCAUUCCCCGCUUUGUUUUUGGCAGCUGAGUUCCCUGAAGUGAUAACUAACAUCUACAGUCCAAACAGCAGAAUACUGUAUCACUGCAUUACUCAGACACAGGACACUGGUUUCUUCAUAUCGAGAGAAACUAAAAUUAAUCUAACAACACUCGGAAUGGGAAAAGAUUAUUAUUCAAUUUUGGGAAUUGAAAAAGGGGCUUCUGAAGAAGAUAUCAAAAAGGCUUACAGAAAACAAGCCCUUAAAUGGCAUCCGGAUAAGAACAAAUCACCCCACGCGGAGGAAAAAUUCAAAGAGGUUGCAGAAGCCUAUGAAGUGCUGAGUGAUCCCAAAAAGAGAGACAUUUAUGAUCAGUUUGGGGAGGAAGGGUUGAAAGGAGGAGCUGGAGGACCCGAUGGACAGGGUGGCACCUUUCGAUACUCUUUCCAUGGUGACCCACAUGCCACAUUUGCAGCAUUUUUUGGUGGUACAAAUCCUUUUGAGAUCUUCUUUGGGAGAAGAAUGCCUGGUGGCAGAGACACCGAAGACAUGGAAGUGGAUGGAGAUCCUUUUGGAUCCUUCACUAGUUUUAGCAUGAAUGGAUUUCCAAGAGAGAGGAAUACAGUUGGUAGCCAGCCUCGUCGUAAACAAGAUCCCCCGAUUAUCCAUGAACUUAAAGUAUCAUUGGAAGAGAUAUAUCAUGGCUGCACAAAAAGGAUGAGAAUUUCCCGAAAAAGGCUGAACCCAGAUGGUAGAAGUGUCCGAACAGAGGACAAAAUCCUCACCAUUGAGAUCAAGAGAGGGUGGAAAGAAGGCACCAAAAUCACUUUCCCAAAAGAAGGUGAUGAAACACCCAACACUAUCCCAGCCGAUAUUGUUUUUGUCAUUAAAGACAAAAGUCACUCGCUCUUCAAGAGAGAUGGUUCAAAUAUUAUCUAUCCUGUUAAAAUCAGUUUGCGGGAGGCUUUAUGUGGCAGCUCGGUCACCGUGCCAACAAUAGAAGGAAGAACCAUACCUAUGACAAUAAAUGAGGUUGUAAAGCCUGGGAUGAGGAGAAGAAUUAUAGGAUAUGGGUUGCCAUUUCCCAAAAAUCCCGACCAACGUGGCGACUUAAUUAUAGAAUUUGAAGUAAAUUUCCCAGACAAUAUACCUCCAGCAUCAAAAGAAGUACUUAGGAGAAAUCUUCCUGUUUCAUAAAGGAAUGGACUGCGUUAACACUGUUUCAGCAGGACACUGAAAAUGCAGAAGACUGGCAAAUUCAUGCUGUAAAAGUGCAAUCUAUAUCCAUUUGUGGAGUAUUCAUUUUCUUUUCGUGGGGUGGAGGGAGGGAAUACUGUAAUGCUGCAUGAGAAGAGAAUGGUUAAAUACAAGUCACGCGAGUGACUCUUGCAGUAAAACAUACAGGGAAAACCACUCACUGUAUCUUACUUUAGAUCUUCCUAAUCAAAGAGUUUAUUCAGUAUUUUGCUUACAUGUAAAAUGUAGUCAUUUCGCAAAAACUCAAUGCACAUAUUUCUAAUAAAGUACUUGAGCAUCCAAGUACUUUAUUUCAUGUAUCUCUAGAUUAUCUAUGUGAUGCUACCCACUAAUAUCAGAAAUCAGAAUUCAUAGUAGAAAUACACUCAUGUAAUAUCCAGCUAUUUGAAGAGACUAAAGCAUUAAAUGACACCAUUUAGAUAUGAAGGCCCACAUGCUACCUUCCAUUUCACAAAGCAAAGGCUAGCUAAAUCUGUUUGUAGAGCUUCUGAACCCACAAAAGAGGUGAGCCUUCUCCCAGCUGCCCCAGAUUUUGUGAGGACUGUACUGAAGCAUUAGGGGAGAACACAUGGCUCUGGGGAAAGGAGUACAGGUAUAGCCACUCUGUGACAUGCUCCCUUCAGAAAUCCACCUGGGGAAUACUACUAAUCGGUGCUAACACCCAUUCCCUAGGGAUGGAUUUCAGUCCAACCAUUGGCAGGACAACAUGGUAUCUUGGCUCCAGAAGGAGCUAUGCUGUCAUGGCUACCCAUGGCUGCCCAUGGAACGGUGUAAAUAAAGGCGCUUGGCUUACACACACAUUUCUAGAUCAUGCAUAACUCAGGACAUCUGUAGAGUUCAAGGGCUGAACCAUCUACCACUUCCAUAAGAGAGAAGGGACAAAGCCCAACUCCCAGCUAAAGGAUUCUAAGGAAACUUUUUGGGCCUGAUCUGAAGCUCAUUUAAGCCAGUGGAAGUCUUUCCGUCAAUUCAGUGAGCUUGGAUAUGUUCCUUUGUGAAUAGAAACGUAAGUUACUUAGCACUUAAGGUGAAAAAACAUAUGUAGGGGAAGGAGAGAGCCUUCAGUAAUUGAGUCUAGUAUUAUAACAUGCUAUAGGGCUGGUUCCCUUGGUUGCAGUAUGGUUUUGGUCAUAUAAUUGCCUUGCAGACUUACUUUCAUAACUUAGGUUUUAAAAACAUGCCACAGUGCUUUAAUAAUGACAUUCUUAAGGGAAGAUUUAUUGUUCUUUAUAAGAAGAAAAUAUUACUCUUAUUUGCAGUCAUUCUUUUACCUGUGGAAAUCUACUAGUUACCUGCUCUGAGUAAUUUUGGUUAUAACAGGGUGUUUAGCAAUGUCAUAGAAAUUAUUUUCUGUAGAAAGGUGGAUUGUGAGAGUUGGGGUUAAUUUAGUUAGCCUUUUUUUAAUGAGCCCUAGCACAAAAGAAUCCCACUUCAAUUUUUCAAAGCAACACAUUCCUAGAAGAUACUGUCAAUUUUUUAACUACAGUUUCUCUUUCAUACAGUUGACAUAUAUGAUCGUGUAAAUCAUAUUCAUUUGCAGUCCUGAACAAACAGGGAACCUGAACAGUUGCUGGAGUGAGACUAGAAAGGCAAAAAAAGUUUUAAAAUUAAUUGCUACCUACUGCUUAUGCCUAUUGUUAUCCUUAUAUAUUGUGUUUAUGCUUUUAAAAGAUUUCCAGUUUCAGUAUGUUCUGUAUGGCAUUUCUCAUGUGUUUUUUAAUAAACUUGUUUUUAACUUUUUUUUAUUUUUUGCCAUAACCACAUGCCAUAAUCUCUGUGAAGAGCAAAUGAGGCUGAGCAUUUGAAACCAAGUCUUGGAAACCCAUAAUCUAAGUAGCUACAAUACUUAGAAUAACUGCAGAUAUUUUUCAAUAUCCAACUUCAGUGGAAUAGGUUUGCCUUAUCAGAAGGUAAGCAGGAGGUUUCCAGAGAAGAGCUGCCCCUGAGCUAAGAACUUUUUGUGACUCAGGACCCUGAUGACAGCCAACUGGAAAGCCAGCCCCAGUUCUGCCCUGAUACAACAAACCCUGAUUUCUGCUCUGCUUCAGCUGAGCCCGACUCCUAGC